AUGAAAGAAGAGAUGCAUCAAGAAGUCAUGAAUUUGGCCUCGUCCCACUCUAAGGCCAAAGCUGAGCUUGAUAAUAUCCGUGACGAAGUGCGCCUGCGAUGUCUGAACGAAGCGGACAUCAUAGGUCUUACCACCACAGGACUUGCUCAGAACCUGAAUAUGCUCCAACGUCUCCAGUCCAAGGUUGUUCUGUGCGAGGAAGCUGGUGAAGUCCUUGAAUCUCAUCUCCUUACAGCCUUCUUGCCAUCAAUUGAGCAUGCUAUUCUUAUCGGUGAUCAUCUCCAGCUUCGUCCCCAGGUGCAAAACUACGAGUUGUCACGAGAGAAUCAUCGUGGGGGUGCUAAGUACUCUUUGGAUGUGUCUUUAUUCGAACGACUUGUCGAAACGGAGAGUACCAUGAGCUCUGGCCUCCCAUUCAGCACAUUGGAAACCCAGCGUCGGAUGCAUCCAUCCAUCGCACAACUGGUCCGCGAUACAUUAUAUCCACAGCUCAUUGACGCUCCAUCCACCCUACAAUAUUCAGAAGUAGCUGGGAUGAGAAAGAGACUAUUCUGGCUUGACCAUCGCAUGUUCGAAAAUGACGCCUCGAGCGCAAAUGCCAUGUCAACUUCCCACUGGAACGAUUACGAGAUUACGAUGGCAGCAGCACUAGUUAACCAUCUCGUCCAACAAGGCAAAUACAAAAAACGGCGAUAUCGCAGUCCUAACUCCGUAUCUCGGCCAGCUCCAUCGACUUCGCCAGAGGCUUAA